CGCGCGUUUUAACCUCCAAAACUAAACUUUACUAAACUGUAAACUCCAAAAAAACUUAACUGCGCACGAAGUGUAUAUACAGAUAUAUAAUAUUGUGUGUAUAUCCUAAAAAGCUUAUUCCCAUCGCGAAUGCAUAGACUUAUUAUGCAACAGCUUUUUUUUUAAAGCGCCGACGAGCGACGACCUUUUGGUGAGAGAGACCGGUGACGACGAAAACGACGACCUCGGGUCCGAGGAACCUCUCGAGCGCUAUACAAGAGAAUUAAAACAGGAUGACAUUCACGGGCCGUUAAGCGUUGCUGCCUGGAAAAAUUAUCAUGAUACUUUCCUUAUCAUCUAAAUUCAGUCGAAAACUGUCAUGCUUGCCCCCAUCGAAAAUUGUUGCUGUCACAUAUUCCACCAGCUCGACACAGACAAAACAAAAGAUCCAGAACUCAGAAUACAGAGAACCACCAUGCAUAACAAUAGGAAAAGAUUUCAAACCACCUACCUUUGUCCUAAAUUCAAAGUUUGUGGUACCUCCUGAUAUAACCUACCCAAGUCUGGAAGAUAAACAAAGUACUGAUCAACCAGAUAAAGAGAAUGAAACCAAGACUAUAAAACUUUGGAAACUGGGAAACAUAGAACUCGAUCCUACGAAGCUCCAUAAGUAUUGUCUUAUGUUGUCAAAAAUAAGAUUGACAUCUCUAGUCGUUAUUACCGCUAUGGGUGGUUACACACUUGCUCCAGGGCCAUUUGAUAUUACAACAUUUUUGGCAUGUUCAGUUGGUACAGGGUUAGUUUCAGCAGCUGCUAAUGCUGUCAAUCAAUCCAUGGAAGUUCCUUUUGAUGCUCAAAUGGCACGAACAAAAAAUCGAGUUCUUGUCCGCGGUUUGCUCGCUCCGGAACACGCGAUGUGGUUUGCGGCAUUAUCUGGUGCUAUUGGAGUAACUCUUUUAGCAUAUCAAGUCAAUACUUUAACAGCUAUUUUAGCAGGUGCUAAUUUAGUACUGUACACAUCGAUUUACACACCUCUCAAAAGAGUCAGUAUACUAAACACAUGGGUUGGCUCGAUUGUUGGAGCAGUUCCACCUCUAAUAGGUUGGGCAGGCUGUAUCGGCACUAUAACGGUACCUGGUGCUUGGAUAAUGCCCGGCAUGCUGUAUGCAUGGCAAUUUCCACAUUUUAAUGCCUUGUCAUGGAAUUUGAAACCAGAUUAUUCAAAAGCUGGCUAUAGAAUGAUGGCUGUUAGUAAUCCCGAUCUGUGUCGCAGGACAUCUUUAAGAUAUACCAUAGUACUCACAGCACUUUCUUACCUAGCACCAGUUUUGGACGUAACAAAUUGGUGGUUUGCACUGGCAUCAACGCCUUUGAAUGCCUAUUUUCUGUAUCUUGCAUGGGAGUUCAAAAAGCAGGGUGAUGCACGAACGUCGCGAAAAUUGUUUCGAUUUUCAUUGAUACAUCUGCCAAUUUUAAUGACCAUGAUGCUCGUUUGUAAAAAAAAAUGGUUCACCAAUACAGAUAAGAAGGAUAAAUCGCAAACAACUGAAUUAAAGGAAAAAAGGAACCUUAUUGAAGCAAUAACAAGCGUGAUUCAGCCGACAUCUGCUUAAUUCGACUUAGCCUAUAGUGCAAAUCUUUAAUGCAAUGUUUCAUUGAUAUUUGUACAUUUGUAAAAAGACAAACCCGAAUGAUUUUGUAAACUAAUAAACAAAAUCUUGUAUUAUAAACGACGUAUGAUAUUGAUUGUGGUGAUAAUAAAAGAAUCUAUUAAGU